CCAUCCUCCUUGCCUUGUUCCGAAAAUGUACUCCCUCCACGACCACACGCUCCACUGCCCCCUGCUGCCGCCCAUCGGACGCAACUGGAAGUCCACCGUCGAGCUCGCCCCCAACUGCCCCCGCUGCGCCUCCUCCAACACUAAGUUCUGUUACUACAACAACUACAGCCUCUCCCAGCCAAGGUACUUCUGUAAAGGAUGCCGGAGGUACUGGACCAAAGGUGGUUCUCUCAGGAAUAUCCCCGUCGGUGGCGGUUGCCGGAGGAAUCGCCGCGCCAACUCUGCUAGGAUUUCGCAAACCGAUCGCGGUUCUAGUAAGACCUUGAAUCGUUUUGUUCCGAACCGAAAUUCGCCCGAGUCCGACCCGAUGAGUGAAACCGGUUCUUCUAACGGAUCCUCCGAUAUUGAUUUGGCCGUCGUUUUUGCUAAUUUCUUGAAUAAUAAUAAUAAUGAUGAUGAUGAUGAUGAUGAGAGCGCAAGCUUUUCGCCGGAUUUUGUCAGUCAAGAAUCGGCGCCGGUGAAUGAGACAAAUUCGAAUUCUUUGAAACCGGACGGCAGCCAGAAUCCGUCCGAUCCGAUCCAGGAAAUGCCGCAAUUACUUGAAGGAAACAUUCAGACGCGGCCGCAAGAACAGAGUGUGCAGGAAUUCUGGGAAACGGACAUGAACCCGUUCGGGUUGCAGAAUUUGUUGAACGACGAAGCCGUACAAGAUGCUCUGUGGCCUGACGCAGCUACAACGUCGACGGCGACGGCGGCGAACCUUUCGUGGCAGCCGGUGAUGCAAAUGCAAGAGUUCAAUUCCUUCUCCGGCGAUCACGAUCUGCUGAAGAAUUUUUCCGCGAAUUUAGCAACUGAUAAUUGGAGUACUCACUUUGAUCCAACAAAUUUCGAGACUUUUUUCGAAACCUUAACGUAGAAUUGGAAAAUAAUUUUGAGAUAGUUUUUUUUGUUUUUGUUUUUAUAAUUUAUUGAGUGAUUGAUUUUUAUAAUUUAUAUGAAAUUAUAAUAUUAAAUGUAUUUUUUUAUU